AUGAAGCGUCUACAACAACUUGGCAUCGGAUCCAAGAAGAAACAAGCAGAGCCGCUCACUGAUGAAGAAGAGGAGGUUUUAUGGCAGAAGGGGUUACUUGGAGACCACACUCCAAAAGCUAUCAUCAACACUACGGUAUUCAUGAAUGGCCUAUACUUUGCCCUGAGGAGUGGAAAGGAACAUAGAGAGCUUCGAUUCAAUCCCUCCCAAAUCUCUCUAGUAGAGCGGACUGGAGAGCGACCGUACCUUGAAUACACAGAGGAUGGAUCAAAGAACAGACCAGGAGGUCUGAGAGGACUUCGCAUCGGACACAAAACAGUCAAACAUCACGCAAACCUCACCGACCCUUCUCGCUGCUUCGUCAGGCUCUUCUCCCUCUACAAAAGUCGCUGCCCUCCAAAUCCGAAGAGCAACUCAUUCUACCUGCAGUGUCUGCUGGUUUUCUCGUGA